GUCCAAAAACUUACAGUUUUGGUUCAGCAACAGAUUCCAGUGCUGCUACAAAUCUAGAUAAAUCUGUUCUUAAGGUUAUGAUAAAUGGUAAUUUGGAGAAGAGGAUUAUUGAUGUAAUCAAUGACCAUAAAAAACAAAAUGAAGACAAAGGAAUGAUUUCCAAAAGGCUUACUGCUAAGAAACUGCAGAAUGUAUACAUGGCUUUGCAAAGAUUCUCUUUUAAGACUGAGCACAUUGAGGAAGCAAUGAAAAAUACGCUUUUACAUGGUGGUGAUCUUCAUUCUGCACUUGAUUGGCUUUGUUUAAACCUUCCUGAUGAUGCCUUGCCUGAAGGCUUUAGCCAGCAGUUUGAAGAACAGCAACAGAAACCUAGAGCAAAAUUUUGUUCUCCUGUGUCACAGCGUGAACCUCCACCUCGCUUAGUAGAUAAAAAGAAAGAAAAAGGCCCUGAAACCAAGGAGACAAAUGUGGAGAAAGAGAAAGAAGUGAGUAUGAAGGAAUGGAUCUUGCGAUACGCUGAGCAACAGAGUGAUGAAGAGAACGAGUCUCUGAAAGAGACAGAUGAAGAAAAGUUUGACCCAAAUGAGAGGUAUAUACAUCUGGCUGCCAAGCUUUCAGAAGCAAAAGAACAAGCAAGUAUCUCCAAGCAAGAUAAAGACAAGCAAGGCCAGAAGGUAGCACAGGAGAAAAUAAGAAGAAUUCAGCAAGAAAUGGCAAUACUUGAAGAACAUCCAGUAUUUAAUCCAACUACAAAGGUUUCAAACCAGCAACAAAAUGAAAAGAAGAAAACUCCCUCAUCUCAGCCUCAAGAAACCACUUUGAAUUUGAACUUGCUUGAAAAACCUGACGGUGCUGCAAAGGAAGACAAAGUGAAAAAGAAAGAACCACUAGAUAUAAGAAACUUUGAUUAUAGUGCUCGAAGCUGGACUGGUAAAUCUCCGAAACAAUUUUUGAUUGACUGGUGCAGGAAGAAUUUCCCGAAGAGUCCAAAUCCUACUUUUGAAAAGGUUCCAGUUGGAAAAUACUGGAAAUGUAGGGUCAGGAUUACCAAAUCGUCAGAUGAUGUAAUGACAAUGUGUCCUACAAUCGUAACAGAAGAUAGUAUGCAAGCACAACAUCUGGCUGCUACUUUGUCACUCUAUCAUUUAACCAAAGGACAAUCAGUUCAUCAGUUGCUGCCUCCUACCUAUCGAGAUGUCUGGCUAGAAUGGAGGGAUAUUGAAAAGAAAAAGGAAGAAGAAAACAAGAUAGAAACCAACAAACCUCGUGAUAACUUUAUUGCUAGAUUAUUAAACAAACUCAAACAACAGCAACAACUACAAUCCAAAAACCAACCAAAAGUAUCUGAGGGUCCUGAAGAUUCCUGGGAAAACUUAAUUUCUGAUGAGGACUUCAGCAGUCUCUCCCUUGAGGCUUCAGAGGCAGAUAAUUUGGAACCUUCAAGGAUUUUGUUCAAAAAGCUGCAAAGUUCCUCCAAAUACCAGAAGCUUCUGAAAGAGAGGCAAGAGUUACCUGUUUUUAAGUACAGAUACUCAAUUGUAGAAACUCUGAAAAAACAUCGAGUAGUUGUUGUGGCUGGUGAAACAGGCAGUGGGAAGAGUACCCAGGUGCCCCAUUUCUUGUUAGAAGACUUGUUGCUAGAUGAAGGAUCAAAUAAAUGUAAUAUUGUCUGCACACAACCCCGAAGAAUCUCAGCCGUGAGUCUGGCGACCAGGGUUUGUGAAGAGCUAGGCUGCGAAUCAGGACCGGGAGGAAAGAAUUCCCUGUGCGGCUAUCAAAUUCGUAUGGAAUCAAGAACAGGAGAAGCCACGAGACUACUGUACUGCACAACAGGUGUCCUGCUUCGGAAACUCCAAGAAGAUGGUCUUCUUUCAAGUAUAUCUCAUGUCAUUGUAGAUGAGGUACAUGAAAGAAGUGUUCAGUCUGAUUUCUUGCUAGUUAUUCUCAAGGAGAUCUUGCAUAAACGUUCAGACCUGCAUCUGAUUUUAAUGAGUGCUACUGUAGACAGUGAGAAGUUUUCUACCUUUUUCUCACACUGUCCUGUUUUAAGGAUCUCGGGUAGAAGUUACCCUGUUGAGGUUUUCCAUGUUGAAGAUGUAGUUGAAGCAACUGGCUAUAUUCUGGAGAAAGACUCAGAAUAUUGUCAGAAGUUCUUGGAGGAGGAGGAGGAGGAGGAAGUAACAAUAAAUAUUACUAGCAAAGGAGGAGGCACUACAAAGUAUCAGGAACAUCUCCCAAUCCAGUCUGGAUCUGGUAUUGAUUUGGCUCCUUACUAUGCGAAGUAUAGCAGUCAUACACAGCAAGCUAUCUUCUAUAUGAACCCUUACAAGAUCAACCUUGAACUUAUUUUGGAGUUGCUUGCAUACUUAGAUAGAAGUCCCCAGUUCAAGAAUGUUGAGGGUGCUGUGCUGAUCUUUUUACCAGGCCUUGCCCAUAUCCAACAGCUGUAUGAUGCCAUUUCAACUGACAGAAGAUUUAAUUUGCGUGACAGACACAGGCUGAUAGCUUUGCAUUCUGUUCUUUCAACUCAAGAUCAAGCAGCUGCAUUUACAAUACCUCCUCUUGGUAUUAGAAAGAUUGUUUUGGCAACCAAUAUAGCAGAGACAGGUAUUACGAUACCAGAUGUUGUUUUUGUAAUUGAUACUGGGAGAACAAAGGAAAACAGGUAUCACGAAAGUAGUCAGAUGAGCUCCUUGGAGGAGACCUUUGUUAGUAAAGCUAGUGCUCUGCAACGACAAGGAAGAGCUGGGCGUGUUAGGGAUGGAUUCUGCUUCCGAAUGUACACAAGAGAAAGGUUUGAAAGUUUCAUGGAAUAUUCUGUUCCAGAAAUAUUGCGUGUGCCUUUGGAGGAAUUAUGCCUUCAUAUUAUGAAAUGCAGUCUUGGCUCCCCUGAAGAUUUCCUUUCCAGAGCAUUAGACCCACCUCAGCAGCAAGUAAUUGGUAAUGCAAUGAACCUGUUGAGGAAGAUUGGGGCUUGUCAAUUAAAUGAGCCCAAGCUGACUCCGUUGGGCCAGCACCUUGCAGCCCUUCCUGUCAAUGUAAAGAUUGGAAAAAUGCUUGUAUUUGGUGCUAUAUUUGGCUGCUUGGAUCCUGUGGCAACUCUGGCUGCUGUUAUGACAGAAAAAUCUCCAUUUACUACACCAAUUGGUCGAAAAGAUGAAGCAGAUCUUGCAAAAUCAUCUCUAGCAAUGGCAGUUUCAGACCAUAUAACAAUCUACAAUGCUUAUCUGGGGUGGAAAAGGGCUCGACAAGAAGGAGGUUAUCGUGCUGAAAUGACUUAUUGCAGAAGAAAUUUCCUUAAUAGGACUUCACUCUUAACUCUGGAGGAUGUGAAGCAAGAACUCAUAAGGGUCGUCAGAGCAGCAGGGUUCGCAGCACCUACAGCACAAUGUGGAUGCCAUGGAAAUGGAGCCACACAGUCCCUUUCUCUCCACGAAAGAGCUCUUCUUAAAGCUGUAUUGACUGCGGGGCUGUAUGACAACGUAGGAAAAAUAAUAUAUACAAAGUCUGUGGAUAUUACAGAGAAGCUGGCUUGCAUGGUAGAAACUGCUCAGGGUAAAGCACAAGUGCAUCCCUCCUCUGUAAAUCGAGACUUACAGACACAUGGAUGGCUUCUUUAUCAGGAGAAGGUGAGGUACACUAAGGUGUAUUUGAGAGAAACAACUUUAAUAUCCCCCUUUCCCAUUUUGCUUUUUGGUGGGGAUAUAGAAGUCCAACAUCGGGAGCGUCUCCUCACAGUUGAUGGCUGGAUCCAUUUUCAGGCUCCUGUAAAGAUAGCAGUAAUUUUUAAACAGCUGAGAGUUCUCAUUGAGUCUGUUUUAAAGAAGAAGCUUGAAAAUCCAAAAAUGUCGCUUGAAGAUGACAAGAUCUUGCACAUCAUCAAAGAACUGAUAAAAACCGAAAAUGGUUUUACGGUACUUGCCCGGUUCGCUCUCCAAGCCCUUCCAGAGCUCAGGGUCUGUGCCCGGCAAUCCUACGGCAAUGCCACCAGCGCCCUCCUACCUGAUGGAAAGCGCUACCCAGAGCCAGAGAUUUCG